GGAGAAUCGCCAAGCCCACCACGCCUGACGGUGGGAUGCUGGCCCUUUGGGAGUCCAGAGGGGCUGUGUGGGGUGGUCCGCACAUUUCCUUUAGUCACUUGGCUGCUAAGUCGACUUGACUUCCUGCGCCCCUAGUCUUCUCUGUUCAAGUUGAGGGUGGAGAGAAGGGAGAGAGUAGUUGAGAAGACUAGAUGGAGUAGGCGGGAGAACGAGAUGACCUGGGCUCCGAGCUGCCGCAGGAGCCUUCCUCGGUUAUUAUGAGCAGUGCACAGUCUGAUGAUUUAGGGAGUCUGCAAGGACAGCAGGCUUUGCAGUCAGUACCCUGGGCUUUCCAGCCAUUAGUCCUGCCCUCAAUGCUGGGUUACUUGAGUUAGGCCCCUUAACUUAUGUGAACUCAGUUUCCGCAUACAAGUAAAGGUGAUUGGGGUCCUUCGCACAACACACACAUUUGUGUAGUGGGACCUGCGGGCUGGGACAGCACAGACAACUCUGAUGCUCCACACAAGAACCUCAGUCUAUCAGAAACAGAUAUGUUGGUGAUUGCACUACACCAUGCCUAUCAUGGGCAGAUUCUUGUGGGAGCAUCAGGCUGCUUGUGCUGUUGAAAGAAAUUUGGGCCUGUUCUGAAGGAUAAGUGUCAGUAUGCAGGACACAAAAAUGACAGAAGGGUUUGGGGUUUGGAAACUGUUUAAAAUUUCUUGUGGUAAAUGCCACUACAGGAAGUUGGGGGCAGAUUGUGAAAAGCUGGAAGAGUUAAUGCUUCUUGAAGGCUUCUGAUUUUUAUAACCCUUUUAUCUUACUUCCAUCUAUACUUUUGGGCAUCAUUUUCUUCAUGGUUUCCCCAUAGUUUCUGAGGGGACUAAAUGGGUUUCAGAUGAUGUUCAUUGUGGUAGGUUAGCAGACUCUUAGAGAUUUUCAAAAACCAAGGGUUAAGAGCACUAGAUCUGUGUUUUAGAAAGAGAACUUUGGCUGUAGAGUGGAAAGUAACUAAGGAUGAGCGGGUACUGAAGUUAGGCUGACUAACUUUUACAAUCGUCCAGCUGGGAUGUGGAGGACAAAAAGGUAAUAAUAGCAUUGUGGAUGGACAGGGAGUCUCAUCUGUGGAAUGCCUUUCGCUCCCUCUAUAAUUCUAUAUUAUUAAGUCCCAGGAAUGCCUAGUGAUGAUUAUUGCUAGUGGUUCUACCUGCUGUUUAGAGAGGUGGUUGUUUUUUUGUUUUGUUUUAUUUUGUUUUUUCUUUAUCUUUUUCUUUUUGGUGUGGGGAGGAGAUAUCAGAUUGUUGGAGAUGAAAAAAUGGUAAUUACUCAGACUGUACCCAUUGCUUAGGUCUGUAAUUAUUUUCUUUAGUUUCUCAGCCUUCCAGAAUGCUUUUGAAGGAUAUGUACUAAAAUCAAGUGAGAAAAAUAACAUCCAUUCUUCAUGAUGGUGAGGCAGGAUCAGACUAAAAAAAAAAAAAAAAAAACAUUCAGAGUUCCUAGACUUUGAGGUGAAGAUGGUUCUGGUAAAACAACUCUUAUGACUAAACUACAAGGAGCAGAGCAUGGCAAAAAAGGAAGAGGCCUAGAGUAUCUCUACCUCAGUGUCCAUGAUGAGGACCGAGAUGAUCACACGCGUUGCAAUGUAUGGAUUCUGGAUGGAGAUCUGUACCACAAAGGCCUGUUGAAGUUUGCAGUUUCUGCUGAAUCUUUGCCAGAGACCCUGGUCAUUUUUGUUGCAGACAUGUCUAGACCUUGGACAGUGAUGGAAUCUUUACAGAAGUGGGCUAGUGUUUUGCGUGAACACAUUGAUAAAAUGAAAAUUCCACCAGAAGAAAUGAGGGAGCUGGAGAGGAAGUUUGUGAAAGAUUUUCAAGACUAUAUUGAGCCUGAAGAAGGUUGUCAGGGUUCCCCACAGAGAAGAGGGCCUCUGAUCUCAGGCUCAGAUGAAGAAAAUGUUGCCCUGCCUCUAGGUGACAACGUGCUGACUCAUAACCUGGGGAUCCCAGUGUUGGUGGUGUGCACAAAGUGUGAUGCAGUGAGCAUCCUGGAGAAGGAACAUGAUUACAGGGACGAGCACUUGGACUUCAUCCAGUCGCACCUGCGGAGGUUCUGCCUCCAGUAUGGAGCUGCCUUGAUUUACACAUCAGUGAAGGAGGAGAAAAAUCUUGAUUUGUUGUAUAAGUACAUUGUUCAUAAAACAUACGGUUUCCACUUUACCACGCCUGCCUUAGUAGUGGAAAAGGAUGCAGUAUUUAUACCUGCAGGUUGGGACAAUGAAAAGAAAAUAGCUAUUUUACAUGAAAAUUUUACAACCGUGAAGCCAGAAGAUGCAUAUGAGGACUUCAUUGUGAAACCUCCUGUGAGAAAGCUGGUCCAUGACAAAGAGUUGGCAGCAGAGGAUGAGCAGGUGUUCCUCAUGAAGCAACAGUCACUCCUUGCCAAGCAGCCGGCUACGCCCACGAGAGCCUCCGAAUCCCCUGCGAGAGGACCUUCUGGCUCUCCAAGGACCCAGGGCCGGGGAGGGCCAGCCAGUGUACCAAGUGCCUCCCCAGGAACGUCAGUAAAGAAGCCGGACCCAAACAUCAAAAAUAAUGCAGCCAGUGAAGGGGUGUUGGCCAGCUUCUUCAAUAGUCUUCUGAGUAAAAAAACAGGCUCUCCUGGAAGUCCUGGUGCUGGUGGAGUGCAGAGCACAACCAAGAAGUCAGGACAAAAGACUGUGUUGUCAAAUGUUCAGGAAGAACUGGAUAGAAUGACUCGAAAACCAGACUCCAUGGUAACAAACUCUUCAACAGAAAAUGAAGCCUGAUCCUCCUGAAAAAGUGCACAUGUCAAAUGACCAAAUAACUAUGUAUAUUGAUCUGCUAAGACCAGGAUUUUUCUGAUAUGGCACAUGCUAUCAGUUUUUUGGGGAAGGGGAGAUGAACUCUUUAAAAAAAAAAAAAAACUUUAUUGGCUUGUCCGAGUGUGAAAUGCACAUUUAGGAAGAUUACGUGGCAGACCCCUUGUUAAGGAUAACCCUUGGACUCUCGGGCAUGUGGCUCUCUUGGGAAGCGAGCGUAACUGGGCUUCUUGUAGUGCGGAGAAAGGGGGCCCACUUUUCUGUUGGGGUGGAGCAAAUGAGACCAGGAAAUCAUUAUCAGAUGGUGGUUAGUCUGACCAGUUGCGUGUUAGCAAAUUCACUUGUUCUUGGGAAGCAGAUUAAGUAGCAGAAAGUCCAGAAAAGAGAAAGAUUGAAAGGAGAAAUGAGAAACGAGAGACGUGAUGGAGGGGAAGCCGGAUGUUGAGGGAGGUGGAGGAAGAAAGAGAGAUGAGCAGUGUUAGUAAAUACUGUGUGUUCAGUAGAAGUCAAAUAAUCAUUGUUUAAGAAUUAAAAUUAGAAGCAUUUCCAAACUAAACACUAAGAAAAAUGGGAUUUAGACUCGUUCUGAAUGCAUUUAGCUUAUGGAGGAUACAUUAAGUGUAGGGGUCCUGAGUCAGGUGGAGCUGACACAGGAUUGGGAAGAUGUCAGUUGCCCAGGACCCACAUGCCUGGCUCAAGCCUUGUCCUUGGGGAGAUGUUGGGCUCCAUGCAUGUGCAUCGUGGGGCAGGCAGUCACUGUGGGCUGUGAUCAAAGUCAGCAAAAUUAGUUUACUUUGAGUUGUGUUUUCUAAAUAGCUCCUGCUUUGUUAUUUUUUAUUUUAUUUUAUUUUUUUAAACUACCACAGGCUGGCCUACUAGUAGAAAAUGGGUAAUCAACCUCUCAUUCUACCAUAAUGCAAUGUGCUACAGAAAGUUUGGGGGAGGUUUUUAAUGUAAUUGUACUCUGGUUAAUUGGCUUGCACCAAUCCCUGCCUUACAGUCUGUGGAAACUUUCAUGGAGUUCCACUAAUGCAAAAGGUCUUGUCCUAGCUCCCUGGUCUGAUCAUUGCUAUCAGAUGGACAAAUAAGUGUGAAUGUUUUAUAGUGAAAACAAAAAUUAUAUAAUUUCUUUUGUGUUUUUCAUAAAAUGUAGCAUUUUUUUUUUCUUACGGAAGUGAGUGUUUUAGGUGUCUCCCCAUUUAGGGCAGAUUCAUGCACAUUGUCAUGUCACAUCACCAUUCUGGGAAUGAAUUCUGUGGAUUUGAGAUGGCACUUUUAAUUUUAUAAAUGACACAGCAUUUAAAUGCAAACACUACCAUGAAUUUAAUGUAUAAAACAUUUGUUGUCAAACCAAGGGAAAUACCACAGUUCACUUACGUGGCGUUUACUUUUUUAUAUAAAUGUUUGUUGUACUGUGUCUCAGCAUAACUUCCCUAAUGUCAUUACUUUUACAUACCAGAUUUGAUUGACCACUAACAUAAUACUGGGCAUAACUUAAUAUCCUAUGUUAUAUAACAAAACUCUUAAAAUUGUCUUGAAUUGCUUUUGUAAAAGGUCUGAACACUGUUAAGGAGAAAGCUGCGUAUUCACUUGCCUUUCUGACAAAUGAAAAAAUGUUUCUUGUGCCAGUUUUGUUGUUGAAAUAUAUUAUUUUUUCCUUUUUUUAAUUCAGUUUUUUUUUUUUUUUUUAAACAUGUAUCGUGGCUUCCAAUUACCAGGUUGUCUAGGUGAUGGCAGUAAACUGUGGAGUGGUAUUUGUGGUGUAGCAACCGGUAGAUGCCAAACAGUUCAUGGCCACACUAAAGGUGGGGGUCACUUAUUCCCUCUGUAGUAGCUGGGAGCAAAAUGAAUAACCUCAGAAACAAGAAAAAAAUUCUUGGAAAGGCACAUGCCUAAGAGGGAUACAGUGUGAGUAUAAAUAGUAAUGCAAAAUUUAAUUUUUUUUUUUUAUCAUUUGAACUGAUAAGCACUUUUUGUGUCAGUGUAAGAUGUAGUAAAGCCUAUGAAAAUACUAAGGUGCCGGUCUUGUGAAGGAAGGUUUCUUGGAGACCACUUUUAUUCUCAUGACAAAUGGAUGUUCCUAGUGUCAGAAGAAACUGAUGCGUAGUGUCAUGUGCUCAGUGGUUGCCAAAGUCUACCAACUUUGGGGGAGCUUCAGGGUUCUUUUUAGAGGGUGGGAAGGGAGAAGAUUUCUGUUAUUUGGGGGUUUUCAAGCAUUGGAACCAAAGGCCAAAUAAUAAGCAGCCUUUACUUUUUAAAAUAAAAUUCAUUUUAUUUGCAGAAUACACAUGUAGGUAGACAGUUAAAGACAAUUUUAUGACUUAUUUAUACACAUUAUAGUGGUUACAUCUGCUGUUUGUUUUUAAAAUGGAAAAAUCAAAGAAAAAUAAGCCCAACCUAGAAGAUGUGGCCCAAAUAAAGGCCAUGAAUUGGUCUUUCCUAAAAAUGCAACAGGUAUGCUGCUAGAUUACUUUAUUUUGUUUGCACUUUUUUUUAAUUGGCAUUUUAAAAUCAGUAUUUAAACUGAAAACAUUGUCAUGUUUUAUUAAUUUAAUGAAUUUGAAAGUGACUGCUCUGUACAUCAUGACCUUAACAAUGUUGAUGCUGUAAGUGAAAGUUCACUGUCGUCUAUAUGCUAAGUUCAUUGGUGUUUUUAACUUAAAAUAGGACUGCAGAUUAUCCCCCACCAGCCUUAGUCCAGGGGUGUGGCUCUAUCCGGGUGCAGUAUGCAGUCUUGUGGAACCUUACUCUCUAGUGCUGGAAAAUAAAAAGAUGUCUCUAAUUACUGGCUUCAAUAAACACGAAUCCAGACUGCUUA